AUGCCAACCAACGUAGCUGACAAGUUGAAAGAUGCGAAUUAUGAAGGUGAAUGGCAGUCAUGUGACCUGAUGGGCGAAUCUGCCAGAAAUUACCGAGCUCCUUUUAAGGUUUAUCAGGCCUUAUGGAAUCCGAGUAUUGACUUGGUGGCGUUAGCAUCGAAAAAAGGUGAAAUUUGUGUUCGGCGAUAUUUUUGGAAACGUGGCUGGAAGAGAGAUAUAUUCGAAGCGAAAUCGCUACUGGACGAACGCACUCAACAACAAGGUGAUACACGGUUGCAGACAAUGUGUUGGAGUCCGAAUGGAAAAGUCCUCGCCGCAGCAUUACACGAUGGAAGUAUUCAUUUGCUUGAUACGGAAAAAGGUUUCAUCAGAUAUUCAAUCAAAAUGAAGGAUAAAAUUUGCUUGAUGAAGUGGUAUUCUUUACCGUAUAAAUCGCCUAAAAUUGAUAACGAUCAAGUCGCUGGAAUUGUUAGUUAUUUCUUCCAUCGUUUAUUUGUUGGUGAAAUGACGCCUGGUCAUCAUGCGACAGAGAAGUCCACUGAGAAACCAACAGAAAAUGACUAUUUGAAAAAUUUAAAAGAAUUUUGUGAAACUGAAUCAUUCGAAAAUAUAAUUGGUACGGUAAUGGUAUGUGCUGAUGAAGAGCGUAUUGUACAUAUUUUGGCUGCUGGACUUUUACCGAUCGCUAGAAUUGAACCUCCGUCGAAAUAUUUUGUUAAUUCUGAUCCGUAUUCGAUAUCAAUAGGUGAUUUGAUCUAUUCGAGUCACAACGAGCGAUUGUACGUUGUAUAUUCAAGUAUGGCACAAGCAGAUACCUCAAGUAUGACUUAUUCCAUUAUAAUUCUUAUUACAUAUUCGAAUUAUGUGACGAUGUCAACAAUAUGGCUGCAUCUUUACUAUUCGUUAUCGUAUAUCUCAGAAACGUUCUCUCGAAUGAUUGUCGAUUGGGAUGAGCAGUCAGCCGCAUUCGAAAGUGCUUUCGAUUCGUUCAAUAAUUCGAAUUCGUCGUCCUCGAACGACACCUCGUCACCGUCUCUAGCAGAUUGUUUAUUAAAUAUCAUUUUGAAUGGUCAUUCGAAUGCGAAUUUGCUGAGUUUUUUCCGCAAUUCCUUCACAACUAGCGAAUGUAAAAAGAUGAAUGAAUGGAUUAAUAAAGGAUUCACUCAGUUAAUUGAAACGCUGAAUGGUGAUUUGUAUUGUGCAGCGCAAAUGUUUCAACAUCACAUGAAGCAGUUCGUAUGGGAAUUUGAAUGUGUCACCAGCAAAUGGAGAUCGUUCGUUACAUUCCUCAUUAUUUUCACUUUCAACUUUUAUUUUGCACUCAUUUCUAUUUAUAUUUGGAAGUGUUUUAGGAAGAUGGGUGUUCACCAUUCAUUAUGUUUGUUGAAUCACCGUCGAAUUUUCAGCACUCAGUUUGUACCGAAUCGUGUCUUCGACGUUAGCGUAUAUCCCUAUGGAAGUUAUCUGCUAGAGGAAGAUCGCGAUGAGUCAGAACUGGAUUCUGGUCUGGAUGGAUCGAUAAAUGCAUCUGAAAUGCUUACUUUGAGAGUGGUAGAACUAAGUGUAGUUGCUUUAAAGAACAGGAAGGAUCUGAGCAAUUUCAUGCAAUGGCUUUCUCAAACUCCUUGGUUAUCGUCCAGGAGUAAGUCAUCGAAUUCUUCACAGAGCAACUCAAGCAAAGUCAAUUUAGAUGCCGUUUUAGAGUAUAUAACCCAAACAUUAGGUGCAUCAAAAACACCUUUACUAACGAGCUAUAAUAAAGAAGAAUCACCCGGUCUUGUUGAGCAAAUGGAUGAAAUUUUUAAGAAUAUCAUUAGUAAUAACAAAAAUGCGAAUUCUGUGUUCGCUGAAGCGAUUGCGGCUGAUAAUGAAUGCGAAGUGGACAAGGAUCGUUCAAAACCGCACUAUUCGUUCGAUAAGGUGAAACAAUAUUUGAGUCGAUUCGAUCGUUUGAAACAUCCCAUUGACCUGAGCAACAAUGAGUGGACAACACCCGAAUUGACGACUUUAUUGAUGAACGAUAAUCGAAAUACGACAUUGACACUGGCACAAUCCAUCAGUGAAUGUAUUGGUUGCUUAGAUAAGAUCCGAGCGAGUUUAUUGUCCAAAUUCUCAUCGACAGUUGAGACGAAGUCAAAUGUUUUCGUUGAACUGCUGCACAGCGAAGGCUUUGAACGUUUCAACUUCUUCUCAUUGCAUUCGUCUGGUGAUGAGUACGAAAAUGAUGAAGCAAAGGAAUAUAUGGAAAAGUUAAGUGGGAUUGAAUCGAUUGGUCUUUCGUGUAUUGGCAGUGAGGGACGUCGACAUUGCAUCUAUACAUGUUCUGGUGACCUGAUAUCUCAAGUUAAAUACGUUCAGCACGAAGACUCACUGACCAGUAACGCAAAAAUGUCAUCGUCUACACGGUCGGUGUCGUUGAAAGGAGCCUCCGUGAAGUCAGGUCGAGGGGAACGACGACGGUCGAGUAGCGAUAACAAUUUAGCUGUUGCAGCUACGACAGCUGCUGCAGUGAACCAGCCACUUCAAAUCGAUUUUAUCGCUUAUCAAUCACCUGAUUACUGUUCACAAAUUUCAGCUGAAAUACCAUCGUCAAAAAUUCACGGAGGAAACUGUUUCGCAGUUGUCAAGAAUCGACGCAUCAUACAGUUCGAAUGGCUGGAUAGUGGCAUAUAUUAUGCACUGAUGAAAGUGAAACGAAAUCAAGAGGAGUAUGUGCAUUUAACGAGAGCAUUUAUUGGCGAUAAAACAAUCUGGGCGCAUGAGGUGGAUACAUCAUGCAUUGAGCAUUACAGUUCAUUUUCGUUGUCCCCUGCUCGUAAAUUAGGUCUAACACUGUCAGAGUGCGGUACUCGAGUGCGGUGGUUCGAGAUUGGUUCGUGUGCCGAGGAACAUAAUGAUGAAGAACCAGAGGCCGACGACAACGUCUUCGCAAAUCAAAUAAAUGAAACGAAGGAAAAUAUCAAUACUAGUCCAACUCUCAACAACGAGGUAUUUCAUUAG